AUGGCUAAUGCAAAUUCGGACACAAACAAGUCCCAAUUUUUCAUUACAUACUCUAAGCAACCGCACCUCGAUGGGAAUUUAGAUAUCAAAGCCAUCAUAGACCGCGCUUGCGGUACCACACGCGAGGAAUAUAUGGAGGUCGUCGAUAAGGUUAAGGAGGCUGCGCCUAUAGAACCGAAGGAAGGUGGACGAAGAACGAAAUUAGAACAAGCACAUCUUGCACUCUUGAAGCUUCUGGAAGAGAGAAUUGAGGUGAUUGAUGCCGAAAUAGCGCGAAUCCAACGCGCCCGUAAGAAGAUUGAGCGACGGAAUCUCUUGAUUGCUCAGGCAGAAGUUCGAGAAACCCGGACACGCCGGCGGACUAUUUGCCCUGACUAUGCGUACAUGAACGAUCCCACCAGUGAGUUCCAGGACGAUCAAGACGAAUAUACUUAUCAAGAGCAAGAAGACGAGGAUUAUGAUAAACCAGCAGACGAUGACGAUCUGGCUGAGUGCCGUGGUGCCAGCGGUCGUUACCCUGGCAUCGGUCGGCGGCGGUCAACGCGAGCCACUCAUGCAGUUGUCCAUGCCAGAUGGUCCAGUGGAGCUCAGGAUGAUUGGAACGAAUGGUGCGGAGAACGCUGUUCUACUCGGUUAGGAGCGACUGCAGACAUGCAAUUGGAUGGUCCACCAAAGCGAGCGCGGACAGAGGAUAGUCUUGUCAGCAAUGGGUUUACCGAAACACAGUCGACAACCGCACCCGCUCAGAAUGGCAACGGGCUCAAGAUCAAGAUGUACGGCGCAGCAGCGGUUAAACCCACAGAGAUGGUUGUGGAAGCAGUGGCGGGAAAGAAGAGAAGUAAAUAUUGGUGUUACGCGGUGGAGCCCGUACCAGCUCUGCAGGUCGCACCGGAUGAUCCCCUUGGGCCCCGUAAACGACGACGGACGGAGAAAGCCGGCCUACAAAGUAGUAUGUAUCCGGAGCAAACACCGGAUAACGAGUCUCAUUCUGGGACGAACGGAGAUGUUGUGAUGCACGAUCAACAUGAAGAGGAUGGUUUGUCAACACGAGGGUCUCCCAUGGAUCAGUCAUGAGCUUGUGUCUCCAUAUUGUUGUACGCUUUCACGUCAUUUUUGUCUGCAUUCGUUACGCGCAGCAUUCACCAUCAUAUUCUUGGAUUGAGCAUGACCCACACCGUCUGACCUAAUCAUUGCUACAGUAGCUAAUCACUAUGCUAUGGGUGAGAUACAUGGAUAGAGCGUCAGAUCCCA